GUGAGCUUCAUUUUAUAGAAGAAAGCCCCAGUCCCUUUUGUCCACUGUAGAUCCUUCGGGACAUACAGUUACCGCGAUGACUGCGCCUAAAGAGGGGCUUUUGGACAUUGCCACAAGCAACCUGCCUCUGCUAUUACCAGCACUAGGGUAUACAUUGGCCUGGCUAGCGGUGCGUUUCGUCUUCUAUGCUAUCCUUCGCGCAUGCUGGAGAUCUAAAGCAACUGGAAAGGAGCCCAAGGAUGUCGGGUUACAAGAGAAAAUAAUGGAAGAGUCUUACGACAUCAUCGGUAGCCUGGUGGCUUUCGCGCUAGGACUAGAAGCCCUCAAGUACAGCGACCAGGGCGGCUGCGGACUGCUUUCCACGCGCGACUGCUUCUCUGGUUGGCCCUCCGCCGGCGCCCUCCGCGCCCCCGCUGUCACGCUCUAUCACACCGUGGAACUGGGCUGGUACCUGCACUACCUGGCAAAGCACCGUCUGGGCAUGGGCAUGCAGGACAACCUGGCCAUGCACCUGCACCACGGCUCCACCCUCACCCUCUUGUUCAUCAGCUUCACGUUUAACCUGCACCGCAUAGGCGUGCUGGUGCUGUUCGUGCUCAACCUCUCCAACCCCUUCCUCCAUGUGGCCAAAGUUGCCCACUACACGGGCGCGCGCUCUGACAAGCUCACCUUCCUGCUGUUCGCGGUCACCUUCUUCGUGUCUCGCAUCCUGGUCUUCCCCGCGGUGGUGCUCAAGGCUUCCCUGCUAGACAGCGUUCGCGCUAACCCCGCCUUCCUGGCUGCGGACCAGCACCUGCCCGUGUACGCGAUUGCCAACCUGCUGCUGCUGGCGCUGAUGGUCAUGCAAGUGCAGUGGUUUCGGGGCAUCGUCAGGUUGCUGGCGAAGGCGCUGGGUGGCUCGCAGGACGAGUUUACACAGGAGAGCCAAGCGCACGAUUACGCGAAGACCAAGGAUGAGUAGAUUGUCACCCCCGCCUGUUAUUUUCGCUGACUGCCUGGUAUUUUCGCAGCUGCUGGGAGGGUAUUUAUUACCUCUUGGGGGUUUCUCGAUGGCUGUGUUUGUGUAGCAUUGUAGUGGCGCCGGCGGCUUAGCAUGGUGUAGCAUAAUGGCAUCUAUAUCCGCAAUUUAAAAUAACGGUCUUCGCAGGGGUCUCUUGCUUGGCAGCUGCUGUGUCUUUUGUGGAACUAUAGGUAGCGAGCAGGAUUCCGCCUGUUAGAUCCGCUAUGUCACGUCGUAAUUAGUUAAUGGUUAAUUACCGGCAUCUAGACGUGCCAUUAAGCCUGAUAGUGGAUGCUGUAAGCGGAUUAACCAUACAUUAUUGUCCUACGAAAACUCCUGGACACAUGCAUGCAUGGGUGGCGCCUCGAGAUGCAGGAUUCAUUAGCUGAUUAGCUCAUGACUGGCGAAAGUCGAUGAAUGGAAACAGUUGUAGUCGACGGCCCAAACCAUGGUUCAUUGCCCACGUGCGUGUCUGGUGAAUCCGUGAAUGGCCGCCCUUGAGCAACAGCUAAAUGCCAUUGUCGAACGAAGAAUGACCGGCUUGAUAUGCUGAGGGCCCAUUUCUUUCUGCACACUUCGUGUCCGUCCGAAAUACGCAUGUCUUCUCCUGGCACCAUAUUCGACACAAUUCCAGGUGGGCGCAACAAAGCUUGGGUACUUGAGCAGGCGCUUGACCUAUUUUGACAUCAAGG